AAUAUUAUACUGUUGCUAUAGUUGCUACUGUGUCGACUGACCAAUAACCAGGCGACAAAGGCCAUUGCCCAGUAUGUACUUAAGCAAAAAAAAAAAACCAAGCUAUCAUACUGUUUUGAUAGUGAUCCAGCUCGUCGGUGGAAAAUCGAAAUAAUAUUGAUAGUGGCAACAACAAACGUAUAGAAAAAAAAAAAACCAACAGUAUAUUAUAUUAAUAUUAUAGCUGUGUACACCGUCCAGACGUGUUCGUGUAAUAAUAUUAUAAUACAUAGGGUCUUAACUGCAAUCCAGUGAUAAAAGUGUUUUUUUUGUAGUGUUUAAAAGUUCACUUGUUGCCUCUUUUUACGUUCAACGUCGUAUUGUUGUUUUCGGAAUUAUAACAAAAAUCUAAGCAAGUAUAAUACGAAUCGACAGAAUGGCCGAUCCAGGUUUUCCAAAUCAACACACAACCACUACAACGGUUACAAAUACGGAAGUUAUUACAAAUCUUAGAUAUGAUAAUACGUACUUAUACACGCUUGAGGGAAAAUUGAAAAUUGCCCAAAUCGCUUGUGUAAUUCUCAGUCUUAUAGCCAUUUCAUUUUCCACUUACAACAUGUGGUACCAAAAUAGUGCUGUGACGUCAAUAUCCAUGUUUGGUUUCUGGUUUUCGUUGUUCAUGUUGGUAUUCUACUUGUUCCAUGUGGUCGAAAGCUUCUAUAAAAUACCAUGGCUGAAAAUCGAAAUGAUCUUUAACGCCUGUUGGCCAAUAUUGUAUAUAAUAUCUGCUGCAGUAGCUGCUGGACAAACGGGUUUAAAUUUUAGCUAUACCUUGAGUUUGUUCUUUGGAUUUGCCGCUAUGUUUGCUUACGGAUAUGACGCACUUUUGAAGUAUCAGGCUUUACAACGCGGAGAAUUAGCGCAGGGCAAUAACGUUGUGCACAAACAAACAUCGACAACAGCCACGUACUAAACCAAAACGUAGUCGUCAAUAAUAAUUGACGUACUUCUACGUAAAUAAUGCACCAAAGUUUUUUUAACGCAUCACUAACAACACUGAAUUUUUAUAUUAAUAAUUAUUUAUAUUUAAUUCAUUAUUGUUGAAGCAUCACAAUAAUUAAUAUUUUUCAAUGUUUUGAUCACGUAAAUUUUAGUACUAAUUAUGGUAUAAAUUUAAUAUGAAAAUAAGUAGAAAUCUUCAUCGUCAUCGUGUGAGCUUAACGGGUCUUGAAGAUCCAACGCUGCCACCAUGAGGUGAAUAGGUUUCUAAAUAAAUAAAAAUACUUGCUCUGUUUCGAUCAUUCGCACUUAAUUGUCAAAACAAUUAUGUACACAAUCAUUAAGAGUAAUAGUUACCUAUUUAACAAGCUAACACCAUAUUUUUACACAUUGAAUCGAAUUAUGUUUUUUUUUUUUUAAAUAUUUUAUAACUUGUUAUUAUAUUGUAAUAGAAUUAUUUAAUAUUUAUGAUAACGAUCGUUGUAUAUCGAACCACAAAUUACUGCUUAAGAUUUAAACGUUGACGGACUUAAAUAUUACUUACUUCAAUUUGCUUAGUAUUUAUGUGUCUAGUAUUUACCGGACUAUAUUAUUUCAAUUCGAUAAAUACUAAUCACACAAUGUGAACUUGCAAAUGUCAUGAAAUAAGUACUUAAAAUUCAAUACUUUUAGUGCAAAUGUUCGCUGUUACUUAACGUUUCAUACAAUUGAUUAUGGUUAUAAAUAUUUUAAUUUUUUAAGGUAUAUUAUGUUAUUACUCUUUACUAGUCAUUUUAAAAGAUCGCUGAAAUGUAAUUUUGUUUUCGACCAGUUUUUCCACCGAUUUUAUUCAAACCAAAGAAAUUGAGUAUUAUUUAAUAUUCAUUUUUAUUCACACAAAUAAAAAGUUGUUUCAUGAAAUUAUAGUAUAAUUAUAUCUAUGGAAUUAAAGAAAUUCAUAUAUUUUAGAAACCGAAAGGUUAUUUCAUGCAAUUAAGUUUAUCGCCGAUUGUUGUCACGGUUUAUUAUUGGAUUUGUACAAUUUGUUGAUUUGAUCAUCAUUUUAACGUUAAAUUUUAAGCAUGAACCUACUUAAUAUAUAUUUAAUAGUAAUAACUUUGUGUUUUUAUAAUUUAAUAUACUAUUUUUUUUAUAACAAAUCAAUAUAACGAUAAUAUUAUAUUCUAAUGGUAACACGGUGCACGCGUUUUUAACUCUGAUUAAAUUAUUUAAUUUUUUUAAACUCCUAUAUAUUUUAUUGUUGGUUAAUAAUUAUUACAUAUAUAAUAUAUGAAUGAUAAUCAAAAGUAUAUAUUAUUAUUUAUUAUAUAAUUUUUAACAAUUUGUGUUAUGUAUCCGAUUACGAUGUGUCAAUUUAAAUUUGAAAAAGUAAUG